GCCGCUCUUCCCUCUGUGCUUGGCGCCCGUUGUCAGUUAAUAUGUAGCCUUCUUACUCAAAACAUUAUCAGAAGUUGUUGCUACGUGCUAUCAGUCGUGCGUCAACUCAAGGGGCGUGUAGUUCCCACUGACUGUAGGUAGUUCCUCGGUAGUGACAGAGGCAACACGGAGAAUGUCGUUCUUUGUCGUUCGCGGUACCGAGCUCUCCGAGCAGUGAAGGUCUACAGUGAACUCCAAGACCCAGAGGGCAAUGCGCCUAAAACAAAUGUUGCCUUCAAGGAUUCCUCAUAUGCUCCGUGUUUUGUGCUUACCAUGUGAAGACAUUUUACACACAAACAAUAAAACAUGUACAAGUUAAUAGGCUACUCAACGCUAAAAUUAAUUAUUUUGUUCACGAUGUCAACUGUAUGUCAUUAGUAAAAACAAACAAACGCUGUGUUGUGUGUAAAUCAUGAUUCGUUACAUAAUUAUUUAAUUGUUUUGGAUUGUAACUUUCUCUUCUUUGUCUUAUGUCUUAUUUAAAUUUUAACUUAGACUUUACUGAUUUACUGAUCUAGACUAGGAAACAAAAACGGCAAACGAGUUGGGGCUAUAACAACUUUGGUGACACAGUGUCCACGGUACCCUUCAGGCCCUGCUGUAGCCAAUGUAGAGGUGGAACAGUGCCCAUCUGUGGGCGACACCAGAUGAAUGUUUCACAACGACCAGUAGCCUAUUUAAUGUUGUAUUAUGUAUAACCAAUCAAAACCCAUGUGUAGGCUAAUUAAGUAAAACAGGUCGGGACUAUUUCUGCCUUCUUCUCUGUUGUUCUUUGUUUUGAGUAUUAUUUUAUAUUUGGCCUGAUUUUAUCUAUUUGUCUGCAACUAUUUAUCAUUACUUCUCUACAAGAUAAGUUAUAUAUAUAAAAUAGAUUCACUUUAAGGUCUGCGUUGAUGAGUUUUCAGUUGAUAUGGUGCUUUAAUAGUGCACACACCCAAACAAACAGAAGUAGUUUUCUUCUGCGGCUAAAACAUUGACAUGACAUUUUUAUUUUAAUGCUUUAAAUCUCUUAGAGCGAGGAAAGAGAACACUGGUUGAAUUCAUGUGAAUGUCAUUUUAUUCAUUUUGAAUCUCCUAUGAUAGUGUAACUGGCUAUUCGUUUUUUUCUGGAGGGUUCUGGGUACAGUUUGGAUGUUUCCCUUUGUUUAUAAUGAGUAGGCCUACAUGGAGAUUUUUAUUGUGAGUUUUGUUAUGCGCGUGUUCAGUGUGCGCAUGCGCAAAGUAGUAAAGCGUGUUGUAGGUCUCUAUGACGACGGGCCUGUUAAACCUUUCAGGGCUGUAGAGGGGACUAGAAGGAGAUUAUGUACACAGGUGUUGCUCUGCAGACAGCCAGGCACUAUGUGGACCAGUUAGAUGGAGUGAUAGUCACAAAACAACCGGGGUGUAUGUUUUCUUUCACCGCUUUUAACUCAACAGGAAUCCUACGCAAGAACCAGCUGUGUGAAGAUAAUGAGUGAGGUGGUUUGCACAAAGUCCCAGGAGGAAUAUGAGGACGACUUUGAGAAGGAUCUGGACUGGCUGAUCAGUGAGGAAGGCCGGGGGGAGGACCAGGGUCCUGACUUUGAGGACAUAGAAGCAGACAUUGACAAAGAACUGGAGAAGGAUGAAAAAUGGCAACGAAUGAAAAGAAAGCCGAAAAGCCACAAGGAGGAGAAGAGAGGCAACAAAACAGAGGAGUUGGAAGAAGAUGAAGAGAGGUGGCCCUCGCCUAUGGAGCCAUUAGAAUUUGACUCAGACAGUGACAGCCCAAAUAAGUCAUCGCCAUUAGUCCCUCCUCCUCCAGGGAUGGAUGACCAGACAGAUGAGGAGAAGAAGUACAUUAUGGAGAAGAUCCAGCAGGCUAACCGGGAGCUGCAGGACCAGGAAGCUCCGGAUAUGACAAGGCGCAGGCGGCUGCAUUUUAAAGAGAAGCUGGUGGAUCUGGUGGUGCCUCCGCUGCAGUUUGAGAAAGAUGGCGGCAGUGGUGAGGUGGACGGGGGGAAAGGCAGCAAGGACAGAGCCAUGGAUUCAGAGGCAGAGAUUGAAGUGUCAGGGAAGCUUUCGGAGCUAAAACUUUCCCCUCGGGAGGAGAGUGUAGGAUUUGGAGGAUCUGACAUGGCUGGGGAGAGCAGUGAGGGAGGGCAGGCGGUCAAGGAGGGCAGAGUCCUUGUAGAAAAGGAUGGUAAAUUUGACCUGGUCAGCCUGAAAGAGGUGGAGAGUCAAGGCCUUCUCCCUCCAAUAGCAAACAACUACAGUGACUACCCGCGGUCCUCCCCACGUCCCCAGGAGCAGACUGUGAGUGGCAGUAAGAUCAACAGGUCUUCCUCCUCUCCUCGUGCCGACUCUACCCCCUUCCAGAAAGGCAAUGAUCACCUCUGUGCCCCCAGACCUCCAGCUCAGCCCAGGAGCAGGCCCAGCUCAGCCAGCCACAGCCAGAGAGGGGGCCAGAGAAAUGGAAGCAAGCGGCGGGUGCAGUCGGCCACCGGGAUACCCUGCCAGGCCACCUACACCCUCUCCCCACAGCAGAAAGAGCUGCUGCAGAGGAUCCAGGAAAGGAAGGAGAAGCGGGCCAGAGAGGCAGAGCAGAUGAAACGUGAGGAAGAAGAGCAGAAGAGGCAGGAGAACGAGGUGGCGUUUAAGGCCUGGAUGAUGAGGAAGAGAGAGCAGUUUCAGGAGGAGAGGAGGAUCCAUCGAGCCCAGGAGAUGGAGAGGAUGAAUUCUAAGAGAGACUCCAGCGACCGAGAGGAGUCCUUCAGGCUGUGGCUCCAGAGGAAGCAGGAUCAGCAGCAGAAAGAGAGACAGCUGGUGGAGAUGAAGAGGCUCGAGGAGGACAGUGGUUACCUUUUACGCAGCCGCGAGGAGUGUGAACGUGCCUUCAAACUGUGGCUGAGGCGGAAACGGGCAGAGAAGCGAGCGGAGCAGCAGGCGGCUCGAGAGCGGUCCCGCAGGUUGGUGCUGGAGGAGCGACGUGCGAGACGCAUGAGGGACCUGCUGUGUUCAGUCAACGAAACCAAACCGUUCAGUUUCACAGAACAGCUGGCCUACCGCUUCUGACCCAAACAAAUCCAGCACGCCUCUCACAUGGCCCUCAUCAUAAGACUAGAUUAGAUUGUAUUUUGAUGCUACGAAUCUCUUGAAGACUUGGUGUGGGACAUAAGACAGUUUAUUAUGUGUUCAGUUGUUGCUAGGGUUUUCUUUUCUGUUACCGCAGUGACCUCUACUCAGUGUGAACAUACCAGGGUAAAUAACUCAUCCAAAAUAAUGUAAUGGGGAAAUGAUUUUUACUGUAUUUACUUUGUGUAGUGGCAGAUGCACUUAAACUGAGCUCUUCAUAAGUACAAGAGCUGAACCAUUUGUUACUGUAUGCCUUUGUCAAGAGAGUAUUUGGUUACAUAGCUAUAAAAGGAUACCUUUUACAACAAGUUACUUGUACGAAUGAAACUGUAAAGCAAUUAAAUAGAUAUAUCUGUAAGAGGAAAAUUGGUAAAUAUGCCUAUGUUUCUUCAUAUAAAUUCUUAUAUGAAUGUAAAUUAUUUUUGGAUACAAAAGAAUGAUGUUGAAUUAAAUAAAAUAAAUAAAACAAAAAUACACCAAUAAAUAUUGAUAUGGAAUAUUUUAUUUUUUAAUUUAUAGGCAUGUACACAUACUUGUGUGCUACAGCAUUUCAGAAUUAAAUAUCAGUGAGACAAAAGUGGCCAACCUCAUAAAAAUGACAAGAUUAAGUUUCUGGUUAGCAGUUUUGAAUCUAUGUAGGA